GGUAAAACUGGGUAUCAUUGGAUUCGUCUCUUCUCAAAGAAUCUUUUUGGUCUCUACUGCUAAGCUCUAUCUCCAACAGGAACGAAAUGGCGCGGGGGGGGGGUGGCAACCCCCCCCCCCCCCCCAUGUGCGUUCUAGGAUGGGAAAAUGGCAUGUGCGGGCGAGGGUUAAGUAUUGCCUAUUUCAACUUUUUCUUUUGGCGAAUCGGCACAUAACUUGGAAACGAAUAUAAUUAAUAGCGCCGCGGAAAAGCGCAUUCGAUAGCUCUUUUCACGUUCCCUUUUUCGGCGGCACGAAGCCCAGCAUUUUUUUUUACAAACGCGAAAAAAAACGCAAGGGCGCGCUCAAGCAGCCUCCCGGUCCGGUGUGGGUCCGAACGAACGAGUGAGGUUAUAUCAAACUUACUCGCCAUCGAGAGGCUAUCACAUGGGUCUAAACAUGGGCAGUGUUCGUGGGCAUGCUCAGGAGUCUGUUUGUAAUGACAGCCAGCAAGUUGAGCAGUUCCAUGUGGCCCCUGUCGGCCUUGGGUGCCAGUCUUGUCGGCUGUUGUCGACUGCCGCUCAGUCCACCACACAGUGCUUUCAUAUCGGCGUAGAGACGGUUGAAUCCCUGUGCGGUUCGAGUCUACACCGUUUCAGUGCGCUCCCAGUGAAAAGACGCGUCAUCCAGUGACAUCCGGCUCACCAUCAGGCGGCUGUAGCUUCGUUCAGCAGCUCUCAUCGCAGUAGCUUCUAGCAUCUACCAGUGUCCAGCAGCUGUCAGCUGUUGCCACUUCUCCCACACCUUCUACCAGUCUCGGCGUAUCACCAGGACACCAUGCUGCGCGCCGGGCUCCGUCUGACCUCAGGUCUGAGGAAGGUGCUGCCAGGUCUCUGCCAGACGCACCACCAUGGAGUCCAGUGUCGACUGCUCAGCUCCGUCACCAAAGAGACGCCGAUCGGGGUUAUCGGCAUUGGAAACGUCGGUGACGCCGUUGUGAGGAAUCUUCUGCGCUCCGGAUACACCGUCUCGGCCAUGUUCGACACAGACGGCGCGCGGAUGUCAGCGCUAGCAGAUCGGGUGGCGGUGGCCGACAGCUCCCGCCAGGUGGCACAAAAGGCCGAUGUCGUCAUUACAUGUCUGCCGAAGCCGGAGCACGUGGAGCAGUCGUACGCCGGUCCGGACGGUCUUCUGGCAGGGUUUCGACCGGGAACCGUGUGGAUCGACCACUCGACCACCGAUUACCAGGCUACCAUGCGCUACCACAAGGAGCUGAAGGACAAGCAGGUGGAGAUGGUGGAGGCGCCCAUCACCGGCGGCCUCUCGGCGCUGAAGACGGGCACCAUGGUCACCUACCUGGGCGGCGACAAGGCCGUCGUCGAGCUCGUCUCACCGAUACUAUCGGCGAGCUACACUAACCUGGUGUACCUUGGACCAGUCGGAUCGGCGCUCAUCACCAAGGUGGUGUCAAACAUGCUCUGCAUGCUGAAUGCCAUCGCGACGGCGGAAGCCAUGAUGAUAGCCAAGAAGUCCGGCCUGGACCUGCACCAGUUCUGGAACGCGAUCCGCGCCGGCUGCGGCAACAGCUUCACGUGGGAGACGUCGGCGCCGUCCCUGUUGCGCGGCGACUACGACCCCACCUUUACCAUCGACCUGCACUGCAAGGACCUGGACCUCGGCUACCAGAUCGCCAAACAGCACAAGGUUCCCAUCCCGCUACACGGGCUGGUGCAGCAGAUCUCCAACCAGGCCAUGUACCAGUACGGUGCCGAGGCGGCCUGCUACUCGGGCCAGCGGCUCUACGAAGAGAGCUGCGGGGAGCUGCUGCGCUCUCCCGGCUUCGAGAACUGGAGCUACGAGAAUCGCAUCAUCGACGGCAGCGUGGUCCCGCAGCACCGCGACAUCCAGACAGAUGGGGAGUGAUGAUCCGGAGGGAUGGCAAGCGAUUAUCUGGAGGGGGCGUGAUGAUCCAGAGGAUGGUAAGAAGCAGGGUGAUGAUCCGGGCGGAUUGUCAUGAGAUCCACCGAGAUUGUAGAUCCAGCACUAGCAUCCAUAAAAAAAUAAUGGUUCUAAAUCUACGAUCAUCCGUUGAAAAGCUAAGCAGAUGGCAGGAUUGCCUCCCUCUCCAGAUUCGGCUGAAAACCACAGCGUGGCGUGGCUCGGAUUCGGAUAUUCAGGGUCCCUCAAUUUCGAUUGUGUUUGGUGUUCAUUAAAAGAAAAAGGCAUUGAGCUACAUUAAGUACAUAUUUUAAUAUGGUUACCUAUCUUAACCUUGUGUUUGAAAUCAAAAGAAUAAAUUUACCGUAACACUUAAAUACCGGCUAGAAGAAAGGUCAUUGACCUCAGUGCCACUCUUCCGGACACAACUGUUGCUUGUGUUCAGAAAAUUGCGCUGCAAUACAACAAACAUGCAUAUAAGCUUCAGGCCAGCUUAGUCAGGAACCGUUUAUUGGGGUAAUUCAUGCCCCGUCAUCGUAAUGACAUUUAAUUCACACAUGCACUUCUGAACGACAAAUUCAUUAAGUUAUUUUGACAGGGUUAUUUGGUGUCUUGCCUACGUGGCACGUACUGACGUACGUACGCAUUAUGCGCCUUUGCAUCUGUGGGCUUCCCUAAAUAUGAAGCACGAGCGUCUAUUUUUGAAUACAUGACCACGUAAAAAUAGCGUUUGUUCAAAAAGAAUGUGCUCUUUGCUAUGUUGUGGAAAGGGUGCUGAUACAGUUGUUACGAGCCGUUCAAGCCGUCAUACUGUUAUGGAUAUGCUUGAAAGCUCAAAAUUACUUAAGAAAACGGGUGAGGAAAUAACUGCUAACGAAGGCUUAGCAUCAAAGAAAAUCAUCGGAUAUUAUUUUUCGGCUCAUUGGUGUCCACCAUGCAGAAUGUUUACACCUCUCCUUCUGGAUUUCUACAAUGAGCUGGUUGAAGACGGUGCUGAAUUCGAAAUAGUGUUCGUAUCUUCCGAUCAGUCAGAAGACUCCAUGAAGGAAUAUAUCAAUGAAUCACAUGGGAAUUGGCUUGCACUGCCUUUCAACAGUGAAGUAGGCAAAGAACUAAAGUCCAAAUAUAGUGUUCAAGGAAUCCCAACACUCGUGAUCGUUAAGAACGAUGGAACAUUGGUUUCGUUGAAUGGAAGAGAGGACGUGCAGAAGGAAGGACCACCCGUCUUCGCAAAGUGGAAUAAAUGAAAAAAAGCUGCGUCGAAGUGUACCAAAAAGGAACUCGUAUUGAUAUAUACAAGUAAGAGAAGAAACAAAAUAUUUUUAGAAAAGCUGUUGUUAAAAACAAACAUUAGGAUGAUUGACGGGGAUAAUGCUGAUGAAGACAAUUGAAUCGGCUUGUACCGAAACUGUUCACUGCGUCAUGAGGCGUGGCGUUGCAGAUCAUUCACCUAUUCAUUUAUUUUGGUGUUUGUAUUGUGUGUGCGUGGUCACUGUUCGCUGUCUCCGUAUAACAUAAAGGUCCUCUGAACCUUUUGAGAAACUAGCAGAGAUUAUUCUGCGCCAACAACCAUGAAUAAACGUUUCAAAGGAA